UAUAAAAUACAAAUAUAUGGCUACAUAUUUACACAAAGGUUUCAAAAUCAUAAAUAAGAUUAUUCAAGUAAAUACUUAUGGAUCAAUUUAAAAUUACCGGUAAAGUAGGACAAGGUGCUCAUGGCUAUGUCAUGAAGGGUUUCAACAAGUUCACCGGUGAACAAAUAGCGAUGAAAAAGUUGAUAGUGAAGAACUUGGACGAGGGCAUUCCAAAGAAUAUAAUGAGAGAGAUCACGGCUCUCAAAGUAUUAAAUCACGAGAACAUAGUUGAAAUAAUAGAAGUUAUUCCAUAUGGAAUGGGUCUUUUGUUGGUGAUGGAAUACCUUCCUAGCAAUUUACAGGAAGUGUCCAAGAACAUCAGUUUGGAACCGUCGAAAAUAAAACGCUAUUUGAAAAUGUUAUUGGAUGGCGUAAAGUUUAUGCACGAGAAUCAUAUAAUGCAUCGCGAUUUGAAACCUGCAAAUCUACUGAUCUCGUCAGAAGGGCUGCUGAAAAUCGGAGAUUUCGGUUUGGCUAGAAUCUACGCAGAAAACGAACCGGAAAGGGAAUACUCUCAUCAAGUUGCUACCAGAUGGUACAGGGCUCCAGAACUAUUGUAUGGAAGCAGAAACUACACAAAUUCUGUGGAUAUGUGGGCUGUCGGAUGUAUAGCAGGAGAAUUGUUUAAUAGAUCGCCGCUUUUUCCAGGCGAAACGGAUAUAGAACAAUUAGCUAUAGUUCUGCAUACUCUUGGUACGCCAACUGAGGAAUCUUGGCCAGGACUUGCGCAACUACCGGAUUACAAUAAAAUCACAUUUGCAAGAAGUGCCGGUCAGAAUUGGUUAACAGUUUUACCUGAUUGUAGCCACGAAACGUUAAACUUUGUCAAAUCUCUUGUGGUUUAUGACCAUAGAAGAAGGCUGACUGCAAAACAAGCUAUUAAUCAUCUUUACUUCUCAGAGAAGCCUGCACCUUGUCCCCUUGUAGAUAUGCCCAAAGAGGAUCAGUUAAAAUUUGCAUCGCCGCGCAAAGAUUUGGACGUCAUUUGCGAUGAGUUUGAUCAAAUUUUUAAGGACUUUUAAAUGAAUCACAGUAUUUGCAAAUUUUAGCCAGAUUGCGUUGGCCGUGUAUUUAGUACCUUAACAUAUGAAUUCGCAUAUCCGAAGCUGUAGAAAGCCAAAAAUGGAAAAUUUUUCAUGAGCCA